UGAAGAAUGACUUAUAUUUAGAUCCUUCGAAGACGCUUCGAAAAAUUUGGGGUAAAUUCUUAUGUUUUGCUAAAUUCUUAUUUGUGACUUCUACUAGAGCCACACUUAGCGGCAUAUAUUUUACAAAUAUUUAACAGGCAGCUUAAAAAUAUACACAUACUGUAUCAGAGGAAAAGAAAUUCCACACUCUUGUAAAAAGUAUUUAACCUUUUUUGAAAAGCUUUAUUAUCCGACUAUUGAGACCUGUAUUCAAGGAACAGUAGUUAAACAUUCAUCAUUUCAAAGUUGUAUUUCAUGCAUCAUUUAAAGAAAAUUCAUCAUACCUUCUACUUAUCGAAAUAACUCGCAGGCUGUAUUUUAAUAUGGAAAUGAAUGAGAAUAUACACAUUGUUGAUUCUUCUGCGAAACAUCCGAAUGUUAAAGUCAGAUAUCAUUUAGACGAUGCUGGGAAAAAAAUAUGGAAAUGUGAGCUCUGCCAUAAAGUUUUAACUCAAAGACCAAGUCUGAAAAGACAUAUAUUAACUCAUUUUGGUGAAAGGCCAUACAUUUGUGAAAAAUGCAACAAAUGUUUCAUAUCAAUGAGCAGACUCAAACAACAUAUGAAGAUUCAUGAUUGUAUAAAGUCUCAUAUUUGCAGUGUAUGUGCAAAAGGAUUUUUUUACUUGUCUGAUCUAAAUAAACAUAUGUUGUCUCAUACUGGAGAAAAACCUUUUAAUUGCAAUUUGUGCAACAAAGGUUUUAGUGCUUCAUCAAGCUUUAAAAAGCAUCAGUUACUACAUUCAGGUGAAAAACCUUUUGUUUGUGAAAUUUGCAACAAAGCUUUUUCACGAAAAAGUGUUCGAGAUACUCAUCUUCGGAUUCAUACAGGGGAAAAACCACAUACAUGCGAAAUAUGUGGUAAAGGUUUCGCUGACAAAUCUGCUUUUUCUAGGCAUCGGCGUGCUCAUACAGGAGAAAGACCUCACACAUGUGAGUUGUGUAAUAAAAGUUUUGCCAAGUCAUCUACACUUAAAGCUCAUCAUUUGAUUCAUACAGGAGAAAAACCACAUGUUUGUAAAAUUUGCAGUAAAAGAUUUCGUCAGAUUUCUGAGCUUAGGCAACAUGAAUGGGUUCAUUCACGUGAAAAGCCUCACAUGUGUGAGUUAUGUGGUAAAUCUUUUCGUCGAUUGUGUGAGCGAGAUAAUCAUUAUGUGAAUCACACAGGAGAACGGUCUUUUAUCUGUACUAUUUGUAAAAAAGCUUUUGCUAAAAAGUCAGUUUUAAAUAGGCAUAUGCUUAUUCAUACCAAAGAAAAAAAGUUCUGUAAGUAAAAAAUGUACAAAGGAUGAAAUCAUUAUAAAAUAUUAAAUAUUGUAAGAAAGAUUCUAUUCAUUUUGAUAUAUUCAUAAUUAAAGUUUCUAAAUGUGUCCUUUUUAUAUUUGUUUACUUUUAAUUUUAUAAAUUAAUAUUAUUAAAUAUGUAGCCAAAGUAUUGUCAUACUGAAACCACUUAUAAAUUUCCCAUUUUUUUUUUUUAAUUUAAUGAUUUUUUUUAAUUGUGAAUCAAACAACUGCGAUUAUUGAUUUUUUUUAUUGCAACUGAAGAACAAUUUUCUAUUCUAUAUGUAAUGAUGAUUUUUUUUAAUUUCUAAAACUCAAUCCUCAAUAUGGACUUGUAUAUUAUUUUAUUUCAUUAAGAAUUUAUAUGAUAAGAAUAUUUUUAUUAAAUGUAUAAUGCAAGCAAUCAUUUACCUUAUAAAGUUAGGAUGCAAAAACC